UUUUCUUCAUUACUGAUUGCAACUCUUCCGGAUUGAAAAUCAGUUCAAGUGUUUUGGUGCAAAUCUAGUUUUUUCACUGUAAGAAAGGUUACUUAUCUAUUAUAAACAGCUCCAAACCGAUUGGUUUUCCAUCGGCUUAAAGCGACGCAGUAAUGGGAUCAUUAAUCUACCCGGAAGUGUGAGGACUGAUGCUACAGUUUGCUGAACCAAACUCUCAUAGACCUGUUUUAUAACUUUUGAUUUUCAUUUUUUUUUUUUUUAAUACGAUGAGUGAACAUUUUAAAACGAUCUCCAGGGUUUUCCGGGACUUUGUCCCUGCCCUGAGCAGCGGGAUCGUCACGGUGUCCGUGUUGUCGUGCGGCUUGUUCGGCAUCACCACGUGUUUCAGCAUCACCGACGGGCUCUGCAGCAUCGGUGCGGGGGUUUUCCAGACCGGACACCUCCACAGGCUGGUUAUCUACCCCUUUUACCACCAGACCGCCGUCAGGCUCCUCCUGAACGUGUGUGCCCUGCUGCUGCUGUGCGGCAGCGUGGAGAAGAGCGUGGGCACGGUGCGGUUCCUGUUCCUCUUCCUGCUGUUGUCCUCCUGCACAGGCUGCACGUACAGCCUGCUGGAGCUGCUGCAGGACGGGGGAUCCCGCAGGGAUGCUGAGGGCCUGCUGCCCGCCACCCUGGCCUGCGUCUCCAUGACAACCACGCACACCAGGAUGAGCAAGGGCUUCCUGUGCGGGGUGAGUUUCCCCGCCAUGGCCCUGCCCUGGCUGCUGCUGCUGGUCUGCACGGCCCUGGUACCGGGCAGUGUCCUGCUCUGUAACGUGCUGGCCGUGCUGGCCGGCUGGGCCUGCGGGAGACUCUCCUACCUGGGCAUGUCCGAGUCCAGAGCCGCCCUGCUGGAGAAGAUGCUGCCCUUCAGGUUGUUGAAGCGCAUCAGUGGGGUCAUGUUCAUCCCUGCGGCCACGGAGGAGAGGAGGAAGACCCUGCUGCCUCACAUCAACCCCACUCCUGGGUCUUACCCCGUCCAGCAAUACGCCCCGAUGUCCAGCGUCAACACUGCCACCACAUACGAAGGCUGGCCCAACCUGGCCAGUACUGCAUCCCCUUCCCCGGCCCUCGGAGGGCAGCACGGACAUCUCCCACCUCACACCUUUGGCCAGAGUCAUGGACACAGUCAUGGACACGGUCACGGACACGGCUGCAACCACAGUCACGGACACGGUCACAGUCACGGCUGACCGCGGUAGCUCUGGCGUUGUUUGCUUGUCUCAUCGUACUUCAUUGUUAUAACUCCUGUGGACUGUUACAGCAUUUGUCGCAUAUAAAGUGAACUGUCUGCUUUUUACUUUGGUGAUGUUAAAGGGGACCUAUUAUGGCAUCUAAUACCUAUUUUAAACAGGCCUUGAAUGUCUUAAAAACAAGCUUUUGAUUGUUUUUGUUAAAUAAAUUAGAAAUUCAGCCUCUGGGCCAUGUCUUUAUCUUCCCAUUCUCUAACCUCAUUAUCUAUGCGGGAUUCUGAGUGGGCGGGGCUAUGAUAAUGAGGCUCUGUGCUGAUUGGCUGCCUCAAUGACGCGAUACACCGCUAUGAAAAAAUGGCGGAAGCUCUGGCCGGCGGAGUUAGUUGUGGGCGUGGUUUCACGCAUCGGAGGCUGACCUAUGUAAAUCGCUCCCGUCGUUACGUAACAACGGGAGCAGAAUCUGAACGGCUCGUAGAGCCACAUCACACUGGACGGCUCAUCCGGGCGGCUGUACAGACACUGCAGAAUUUGGUUGCUUUCCUCCUUCUCUGAGUUGGCAGGCUGAGGGGAGACCACUUUAUAUAUGUUAAAGCAAGAGAAAAUGUGUUUUUCAUAAUAGGUCCCCUUUAAAUGGACCUUUUCGAGGGCCGAAGAACAUAACCUCCUAUCUGGAAAACACAAAAAACUGUGUUGUUUUGUUGUAGAAUGCUAUUUUUUUUUAAUAAUACCUCUAUACAAAUGGGUGGAAAUAACGUACAGACAGGUUGAUUAGGUGCAGUCCACCUUGUGAUGUCAUCUAAAGUGAAAAACACCAGUCAGACAAUUUUGCAGAUAGGAGGUUAUGUUCUUCGGCCCUCGUUUUGCAACAUGUGACAUUUUCUAUCAUUAUUCAAGAUAUUUAACUUUUUUUUUUUUUUUUAAUCCAGUAAAUAACUUCUCAUGGAAACAUGGAAAAGGAUAAUUCUUUAAGAAAAGUUGCUUUGGGACAAACUAUUUCAAAAAGUUAGUGUACAGUUUCUCUUUCAUUUAAAGUAUUUAAAAUAUCAUAGCCUUGCAAGAACAAACUAAUAUCCUGAAUAUGUCUUAAUCAAAGCAGUUUUAAUAGCUGUAUUUCCAUUACCACCCAUUUAUGAGCCUUAAGUGUUGUUAGAGACAGACAAAACUUAAAUUGUCCUACUUUAAUGAACUCAAACUAUUAUCACAAUAAAUACUGUUCUUAAAUUGUAAAUACCAUCAUACUUUGAUUCAUAAUCAGUUUCCCUUCACUACUACAGGUAGGUAAACCUUUAGCGUGUGGGAAUGGUGCUGUUUAAAUUGUUUUACAACUUCAAUUGUUCAAUUGUAUAGACCUCCAAUUUAUAAAA